AUGCGACAGACAAAAUCAUUAGUCCAGCAUCUUUGGCAGACUCCCUUCAAGACUAUAGGCUCCAACACGUCAUUGGCCGAAUACUUCCAGAAAUACAGCGAGUUCAGUCAAGCUGAACAGUAUUUCACAACCGACGAUCUGUACCUGGCUCAGCUAGUUGGGAGUCUUGAACGUCUACACGUCGGUACGACGACUGUUCUUGACCAUGCACACGCAAGUUUCUCGAAUGAGACAAUUGACGCCUGUAUCAACGGGUCCCUUGAUAGCGGCGUUCGCACAGUAUACGGCCACGCUAUCCACAUUGUCCCCAAUGGAUGGUCAUGGGAGGAUCAGAUUCAGAAGUUUCGGGCGCUGACUCAAGACGCUCGCUUCAAUCACCACUCGGUAUUGACUCUCGGCCUUGCAUACGACAAUUUCUACGAUGCCCCUACUCCAAACAUCACUGAAUUGUGGAACAUUACGAAGGCUUCGAAUUUGUCGGCGGUUACAUCACACUACCUCGGCGGUCCUUGGGGCCACUCUAACAGCGCCGAGGUUCUCCAGGCUCGCGGAUGGCUAAAUGACACUAUUCCUGUUGUUCUUGCACACGCUAGCUUCAUGACCUACCGGGAUGCUCAGAUUCUCCGGGAAACGAACCAAUAA